AUGAUCAAGCUAACGAAACGAGAACUCAAAUUCCACAAAAGGACGGAUUCGACCGUUCUGAACUUUCUGCACGAAGCGAACUUGCCGCUGACCACUGUCCAACUCGAAUGCUUUCAAAAUCUGUGUUAUCACCUAAAUCCGCUCGUCAGAAUACCCGAACUUUGUGAAAUUGUACGGAAAACGCGUUGCCAAUGAUAAAAACGAAUAAUUCCGACAGUUUUCAGAACGGCAGCUCGCACUGCUUCGUGUGCUGGGAGCCGACAACCUUCUCCGAUUGGAUCGAGUUGACCGCGGCUGACAACGUGGCCAAGAUCCUCCUCGUUCUCGUUCACUACAAACAUCUCGAUCGGGGCGCGGCGAUCCGAUUGUUCGCAAGAGGACAGUUCGUCUACAAAAUGUGCAAAGAGCACCUGCAUCCGGUCUACAAUUACAUGAUCCGUUUGCAAAGAGAAGUGGUGGCGCACUCGCGGUCCUGCUUGGUCGGCGCUCCGCCCGGAAUAGAGUUCCUCAGAGAACUCAAAGACUCGCGCAACGCCUACAAAAUCGAGCCGAAUAUCCGUGUGCCGACGCUCAAUCUCUACAGGCUUUUGUACUUUAAAAAGUUUUGCGACACUUUCAAAGUGAUGAUAGGAACGGAGAAGAACGAAAAGAUUCCGGCUCCUCCUCCGCCGCCGAUUUGUUUCAUCUGCAAUCUAUCGGAUCCGCGAAAGCGUUUCAUCGAAUUGAACGGCAUCUUCAAAGUGCUCAAAGUGCUUCUGCCGCUCGUCCAUUUCGGAGAAAUCGGUAUCGAGCAGGCGAAGAAGGCGAUCGCGUGCAAAGAGCACACAAUGUGCAUGGAGCACUUGUUCCCAGUGGUUAGCACAUUUUUCACAAGGUCUAGAAAUCAAUGAUUAUUGUUCAGUACCAAUUGAUGCUCGAGCUCAAAUAUCAAAUCGAUUGUGCGUUUGGAAGAGAGCGCUCGACGCCCGGAUACAAAAUUCUUCACAUUUUGGAGGUAAAAGUCCACAAAAUCCUCCGCCAAAUCAAAGUUUUCAGGAAACGCGUGAUAAAAUGCUGGGCACGAAGGCCUACUGCACAGACAUCAAAAACUAUCGAACCGUCUUCUUCAAGUACUUUUUCGAACAUUUCACUCCGAUGCUCACGCCGCAACAACGGGCGACACUCGCCGUGCAGAUCGGAACUCUCAGAAGGGAUAUCUUAAAGGUACGGAGUUGAGCUCACCGAAUUGAAUUCAUUCUCAGACAUUUUCAGUUCGAAAUCGGCGACAGAUACGGAGCGCUGUUCGGGGAAGACGUGAAAGCGGAACAGAACGGAGUCGAAGAAGACGAAAACGAAGAAAACGAGGAAGACGUUGAUUUCAAACCAGAUUUUUCGCAGAUUUAG